GUGACUCAAGGAUACCUGAGAGCCCGAGAAUGACAGGCCAGGUGCCAGAGAGGGACCGCUCGCCCCGCACCCUGUCAGUGAAGACCACCUUGGAGGAGGAGAUCGAGAGGGCUGAGAGUAAACUUAGCAGGGUGCCGUCCAUCUGGGAUGACACAUCCUCGGAGCUACAGCGAGUCGCCGCUCUCGACCCUGAUUCGGGGAAUUCUUUUCAAAGGAAUGGGGCCGUUUCAAGGCUGGUGAAAAUUGUGGUGAGGCUGAGGGAAUGGGCACACAGGAGUCUGCGGGAGGAGGAGCAGCGGCCGGACUCCUUUCUGGAGCGCUUUUGCGGCCCUGAGAUCAGAGCGGCCCCCAGUCGCAACAGCGUGACGCAACCAGACGCCAAUGGCAACAAUGCCAAGGGGAUCCUAAGGAAGAGGUGGCAAUUGUUCGUUGUGUCUCCAUCUGAUGACGUGUACUACCGCUGGCUGUUUGUUAUUGCUGUUGCGGUGCUCUACAAUUGGUUCCUCGUUGUUGCAAGGGCUUGCUUUGACAAACUGCAGGUGAGCAAUUACAUCUGCUGGCUGGUGCUGGACUACCUCUCUGACACCAUCUACAUACUGGACAGUUUUGUGCGUCUACGGACAGGUUUUCUGGAAGAAGGCCUCCUGGUGAGGGACCACACCAAGCUGAGAGACAGCUACAUCCGAACAUUACAGUUCAAGCUGGACGUGGUGUCCAUCCUGCCCACAGACCUGGUGUACAUCUACACAGGCAUACACACGCCACAGCUCCGGUUCAAUCGCCUGCUGCGCUUCCCUCGCAUGUUUGAAUUCUUCGACCGGACAGAAACGCGAACGAACUACCCCAACAUCUUCCGCAUCUGCAACCUGGUGCUCUACAUCCUGGUCAUCAUUCACUGGAACGCCUGCAUCUACUACGCUAUAUCCAAGUCGUUGGGGUUCGGCUCGGACACAUGGGUGUUUCCGAACAUCUCCAAACCCGAGUACUCGUCCUUAACAAGAAGUUAUGUCUAUUGUUUGUACUGGUCAACCCUCACUCUUACCACCAUUGGAGAAAUGCCGGCGCCCGUGCGAGAUGAGGAGUACUUGUUUGUGGUCUUUGACUUCCUUGUUGGAGUGCUGAUCUUUGCCACAAUUGUGGGAAACGUGGGCUCCAUGAUAGCCAACAUGAACGCCACCCGGGCCGAGUUUCAGGCCCGAAUUGACGCCAUCAAACACUACAUGCACUUUCGCAAGGUCAGCAGGCAACUGGAGUCGCGCGUCAUCAAAUGGUUUGACUACCUGUGGACCAACAAAAAGGCCGUAGACGAGCAGGAGGUACUGAAGAACCUGCCCAACAAACUGCGGGCUGAGAUUGCGAUCAACGUACACCUCGAGACUCUAAAGAAAGUGCGCAUUUUCCAAGACUGCGAGGCCGGACUGCUUGUGGAGCUCGUGCUCAAACUACGGCCGCAGGUUUUUAGUCCGGGUGACUACAUCUGCAGGAAAGGAGACAUCGGUAAGGAGAUGUAUAUCAUCAAGGAGGGGAAGCUGGCGGUGGUAGCUGACGAUGGGGUCACACAGUACGCUCUCCUCACUGCCGGAAGCUGCUUCGGUGAGAUCAGCAUUUUGAACAUAAAAGGCAGCAAAAUGGGCAAUCGCCGAACAGCCAACAUUCGAAGCUUGGGAUACUCUGACCUCUUCUGCCUCUCUAAGGAUGACUUGAUGGAGGCAGUGACCGAGUACCCGGAUGCCAAAACAGUGCUGGAGGACAGGGGAAGGGAGAUCCUUAAGAAGGAGGGGCUUCUUGAUGAGAAUGCAGAGAGGGGUGGGCUACAGAAGGAGGAUACAGAGGAGAAGGUGGAGAGGCUGGAGUCCUCUCUGGACACCCUACAGACUCGCUUCGCCCGUCUGCUCAAUGAAUACACAGACACUCAGCAGCGGCUAAAGCAGCGGAUCACCCUGCUGGAGCGGCAGCUGAACCAAAGUGACUGCGGUGCAGAAACAAACAGUGACACUGAUGCCAGAAGAGGUGACCCUGGGGAUUGUGGUGGUACAAAUGGGUCACCACAUCAAAACGACGUUCAGGCUCAGGACAGAAACAGCCACACGUUACAAUGUUGACGGUUUCAACAAUAGACUUCAGCCAUUCGUCCAUCCAUUUACGAUACCUGCUUAAUCUUUGGGGCCUGUCUCCAGAGGUCAGUGGCAGAAAGGGAGUGUGGAGGUCACCAGUCCAUCACUGGAAGGUGUAGAGAGCCAUUCAUGUGCACAUGUAAGGGUAAUUUAAAAUGGCUAAUUAAGCUAACGAGCAGGUGUUUGGACUCCAACAGGAAGCCAGAAAAUCUUUGCUCGUCAUUACACUGUCACUGUUUUUUUUCUUUUUUAGGUUUAUGUUGUAAAGAAAUGCAUGCAUUUCAAAAAUAUGAAAGCAAAACAUACAGUCAUCAAACAAAUCAACAGCCACAAGCUAGAUGUAUCUGCAAAGGUAGACUUUCAUAUUUCAGCCCUGAUCAAGCUCAAUAAACGCUCAAUGAUGUAUCGUCAACACAGUGAAAACAAUGCACUACAAAAAAGCAAAAAUAAGGUUUGGACUUGCCUUUAAAACGAGACCCAUCUUAAGACUAGAAGGUGCUCUGGGAUUUCUUUAUAUCUGUCUACGGAACACCUGUGGAUGUCGUGUUUGGUUGCAUCAGCAGAGACAUUCAGUUCCCUCUACAUGUCAUCUAUUAUGCUCUGGUACUGUUCAAAUGCACUCUUGCUGCUACUUCAGGGAAUUAAAGGUCUAAGGAGGUAUUGUGCAUGGUGAUUAGUCGUCACGCACAAACAAUUUUGUUUCCAGUGCCCUUGUUAUCUAAGGUAGUGUACCUUGCAAAAGAAUUCAUUGCCUUCAGCUGUUUCACAUUUUGUCAAGGUAAAAUCACACUUUGUGUAUGUCAGGGGUUAGGGAACAGACUAACACAAAGGAGUGAAUGAUUGUGAAGCAGGAGACACAUUUUUGUAAAGAAACUGUGUAGUACGGAUUAGUUUUAGCCCCCUUUACACUGA